CGUCCUGCCGCAUGCAGCGUUGCACACGCGCUGUUUUUAUUACUCUAUUUACUCACAUGGCUCUGGAUUUACAGUGCGCACCGGGAUCCAGCAGUGACACAUGAUGAAAUAAAAAAAAAAAGAAAAAAAAAAGAGAAGGAGAGGUGAUGCUAGGGAUGGGACAGGUGAUCUGACACCUCGUGGAGUAGGCUAUAUAAGGCCUUGCGUUUAUUAGUCUAGAAAGACAGAGAGUGUGUUUAUCAUCAGCUGAAGUGAUGCUCUGUAAAGCUGUCCUGUCCUGCGCUCUGCUCCUCGCAGCUCUGGAGCCUCUUCUCACACACUCGGCUGGCAUGUCCUACACGGGGCCUGUAUCAGAAGAGGAGCAGGCGAUGAGUCCAGACGAGAUGUCUUACUCCGAGCAGGCGUUCCUGUCUCAGGGUUCAGCGGGAAUCGGCUUCCCUUCCUUCCUCACAGGAGACAACAUCAGAGAAGCUCUCAGAACAGCCGGAUUCGUUCCCAGACAAGUGGUCAAAGAGGCGCUGACAGAAAAGCCCUGGUUGGACCCACUCAGCCGUUUCCUGGGUGGCAGGAAACAAUACCGGAAGCGUGGGGGAAACUCUGAGUGCUUCUGGAAGUACUGUGUCUGAAAAUAAAUAAAAUAAAAUAAAAUAAAAGGCUGCCACACACGCCUUUACAACGGCCUAGGAAAGACUAUGUAUAAGUAGACUAUCGGAUUUUGUACAUCCACCUUUGGCACAGGUGUAAAUACAGUAAAUAGUGUGUAUAACAACAUGAAUAAAUCUAUGUUUCAAAAAUAGCUGUCUCCU